GAGAGCAUUCUCUCUGAGCAGGGGAAGCAGGGGAGUGGCAGGGUCAGGGAGCCGGGUUCCCAAGAAGCAGGGAUGCGGAACAGAACCGGUGCAGUCCUCUGUGCCCUUGCCCUUCUGACAGGCUUUCUGAUCAUCUGCCUGGGGGCCUUCUUCAUCUCCUCAGGCUCCACGUUCAACUGUCGCUGGAACCUGAUCCUGGCCUAUUUGCUUCUGCCUCUGGGGUUUGUGAUCCUUCUGAGUGGGAUUUUCUGGAGCACCUACCGCCAGGCGAGUGAAAACAAAGGGAUGUUCAGCCAUGGGCUCAGACCACAUCUUGCUCACAGGGCCAUGGCCCCAGCCACAGUGGACAGGCCAGAUUUUUACCCUCCUGCUUAUGAAGAAAGUCUGGAUGCUGGAAAGCAAACCUGUCCUGCAGAAGGAGAGGCCGUGGAUAUCCCUCCACCUCUGUACACAGAGAUGGACCUUGGAUUUGAGGUUGAAAGCGGUGCUCACCAAGAGGCACCACCAUCCUAUGCCGAGUCUGUAGUGGACGGGGUGGCGGCAGCAACACCAUGGAAAGAUGCCCAGAGGCAAAGCCGAGAGUGCUGAAGCAGAGGAAGCUCUCCGGCACCCAGGACGGCCCCUCAUGGCACACAGCUGCUAAAAACGAAAGCAGGCAAGGGAUUGUGGGAGGAAAAGCCACGUCCGUGACCCCAUGCAAGAGCACCCUGAGGGGACCUUGAGCCUCUAAGAAAUCUUGUCAGCUUCAUUAUAUUCUAUUUUACUAUAAGGGGACAAGUGGGAUGGCAGGGUGUGGAAAGGCAUACAGCCUGAUGCUU